CCUUAUCGACUAUUAUUGACUAUUUCUCGCUAUUUAACCCCAUUUUAGCAAUUAUUAUCUGGUUUAUUAAUGUUUCUGUAACGAUGGGAGGCAUACGCAGGGUGGUAGUGACCGGCCUCGGACUGGUCACACCUCUAGGGGUUGGCACGCCCCAUAACUGGCUCCAGUUGACUUCUGGCAAGGUGGCGACCACUGCACUCACCGACCCGCGGUACUCCAAGAUGCCGUGUCGUGUGGCUGCCAGUGUUCCUCGAGGACAAGGUGAAGGAGAACUGGAUCUGUCGUCCCACUUUAGCCCCGGUGACCUGCGUGCCAUGACUCCCGCCAUUACCUUUGCCCUGGUGGCCGCACGAGAAGCCGUAGAAAAUGCACGGUGGAAGCCCGACGAUCCCGAGGAGCGAGAACGGACGGGCGUGGCCGUGGGGAUGGGGAUGGUGGACCUGAACGACGUGGUGGCCAGCGGGGAGGCUCUCAGGGACAGGUACAGUAGAGUCAGCCCCUACUUUGUGCCCAGGAUAUUGACCAAUAUGGCAGCUGGCCAGAUCAGUAUGAAGUAUUCAUUUGAGGGACCCAACCACACAGUGUCCACGGCCUGUGCCACCGGUGCCCACGCGGUCGGGGACGCUUUUAGGUUCAUCAAGAGCGGGGACGCGGACGUGAUGGUGUGCGGAGGCACGGAGGCCAGCAUAAACCCGCUGGGUAUUGCCGGCUUCUGUCGCCUCAGAGCGCUGGCCACCGGGUACAACGACUGCCCAGAGAGAGCGUCUAGACCCUUCGACGCCCUGAGAGGAGGAUUUGUCAUGGGGGAAGGUUCGGGGAUGAUGGUACUGGAGGAGUAUGAACACGCGGUGACGCGCGGAGCUUCCAUUUAUGGGGAGGUGUUGGGUUAUGGCCUGACGGGAGACGCUCACCACUACACGGCGCCGAGGGAAGACGGCAAGGGAGCGGUCAGAGCCAUGGCCAGGGCCAUGGAAGAAGCGCGCGUCAACCCCGAAGAUGUCCGAUACAUAAACGCCCACGCGACGUCCACGCCUCUGGGAGAUGCCGUCGAAGUGCGGGCAAUAAAGUCGCUGUUCGGAGAUCACGCGGAGAAUCUCGCCGUGUCGUCGACCAAGGGCGCCACGGGACAUCUGCUGGGAGCGGCGGGCGCGGUGGAGGCCGUCCUGACGGUGUUGGCCUGUCACGCCGGCUACAUCCCUCCCACGGCCAACCUGGACCACCCUGGACCCGGUCUGGACCUAGACUUUGUGCCUAAGGAAGCCAAAGCCUGGUUACAGAGCUCCCACACCAGGGUCGCUCUCACUAAUUCCUUUGGAUUUGGCGGCACAAAUGCCUCCUUGUGUAUAGGGUCCUGUGAUUAAAGAGAUGUUAUGUAUUACUUGCUGAAUAUUGUGAGAUAAAGCAGGGCUGGCUCUGAGUGAUGCCAGGGCUGGCUCUGAGUGGUGCUAAUGUGAUCUUAAUGUGACUAAGAAUAUUGUGAAGUUGUUAAAUAAAAGGAAUUUUAAA